GAUAUCAGUUUGGGAGACGGAGAAAAACUCCCCUCGUUACUUUUCGUGUUACCUCCGAUUCCCCACCCGCCGGAGGCGGCGGCAGAGCUCCGGCGAACCUAGGGAUCCGGUUCGUCAUCCUUGCACCACACCGGGGAGAUUAGGUCGUCGGGGAUGACGAAGAUUGGAGAAUGCCCGGAAGGAGGUUGUGCUCUUCUCAGCGGCGGCGGCUGCUGCUGCUUGGAGGGGCUUCGAUCGAGUGCCCGUGCACGCAGCACGACCAAGCCGCCAUGGCACUACGGAUCCAAGCAGAAUGGCCGCCAUGUCCUCCCGGAGCAAUCUCCUCGCCGCCGCCGCGGGCUCCGCAUCGGCGGCUAUGCCUAUGUCAAGGUUGUGUUCUUAGCUGCUGCCAUUUUCAGGUUCAGAAACUUCAGAGUAGAGUUUUUCCCCCAUUUUUCAGUUAGUGCUGUAGUAAGCAGCAUUGUUUCUAUGCCUUGCGUUUUCACUGUUUUGAGGUUAAGUGUGGAGGAUUUGAAGGGGAGUUGCAUAUGGGCAAAUGCUGCUCUACUGGGAUCCAUCAAUUCUCCCAUAUUCACCUAUCUAGCAUUGCGCCUGCCCAUGCUUAAACUGUGAGAUCGCAAUCACAAUCAUGCAGUAUUUUAAUUUGUUUUCAGGAUGUUCUGCUUUCUCAUGCUACUUUAUGAAAUCGUCGUACAGCACUGCCACUUUUGAGGUGUUUGAAUAAGGUGUUAGAAAAUCAAGGGAAAUUUGCAACUAUACCAUUAUAAUUUUAUAAAAUUUGAGAUAUGUAUCGGUAUCUCAACGACAUGUAAAACCCACGUGAAUCAAUGACAUGUGGGUAUAAUUUUAUAAAAUUUGAGAUAUGUAUCGGUAUCUCAACCCACGUGAAUCAAUGACAUGUGGAUCAGAACGACAUAUCUUGAACUUUGCAAUAUUAUAAUAGCACCUGACUUCAUCAACUAGGUGGUUUGAGCUUUGAUUGGCUGUUCCUUUUCCUGAUUUAAACCUGCUAUACUUUUCCUUUUCCUGUUUUAACCAUGCUAUGCUUUUUAUUCAUCUUGUUGGUUAGCAUGAUAUGUUCAUGCACACUUAAAGAACAUUUCAGUUCCCGCACAAUGUCCAGGUUACAGUAAUAAGAACACAAGCAACAGAAUCACGGAUGAAAAUAUUUUAAUUGA